AUGUUGACGCGUAAAGAAGAAUUAUUUGUGAAGCCAUUUCAGCAAAGAUUAUAUCAUCAACACAAAGUCAAACUCAAGUCGGCCACCGCGAGGGUGGAUACGACGCCACCGCAGGAGUGGCAGCACAUAGUGCUGAAGACAAAGAAAUACCAAAAGGAACGAGAGAGAUGUACCCAGAUAUUAUUGAACAAUGGUAUUUUGUGGAGACACUUGAGUGAAAUAAUGAGCACCAGACGUGUGGACAACCGUUGGGAUUACGAACAACCAAAGUUUUUUCAUAGAGUCAAUUUAUUUACAAAAAGUAAUAAUAAACUAACUGUUGAUAUUGAAGAAUCGUCAGAAUCCGGUAAAGUACAAACUGAAGUAAAAAACGAAAGGUGCAUUGCAUGUAAUCCAAAAUUGUCAAUUAUCAAGACCAAUAUACCAGAGGAGAGAAUACCAUGGGAUCCACCAAAAAAGAAAUUAUCGAAAAAAUUACGAAGCCUAUCUAUCCAUAAUGAUGGGGGCGUUAAAAAUACGAAAAAUCAAGUAUUGAACAAGUCUAGACAGAGCGACAAAAAAAAUACAGUUUCAACAAAAAAAAUCGAUAACAAGUUAAACAUCAAUAAUAACAUAAUGAUUGAAACAAACAAUUAUUUAAAUUACAUCGAAAUAAAUGAAGGUUCGUUAGAUCUUGUCAUAAAGUUUCCAUCUGGGAGCAAAGUUUCAAUGGUUGAAGGGAAAACAAAACGAGUACUUCAGCCUAAUAAUUGUCAAUGUACAAGAUGUCUUUGA